CUCACAUGUGGAGAGGUGCGACGUUUAUCGGUGUCGGAGCAGCGGCGGUCGUUCAGACACAGAGACGCAGCCUGUGCGCCCGAAGCGGCGCGGGGGUCAGAGAGUCUCCUGUGGAGUAGCUAAUGAUUAUUUCACACAUGAUGGGUUUCUGGCACAAAUAGCCCUCCUGUGCAGAAAAUGGCCUCUAGCCCAUCGCCUGUGACAAAAGGCCUCUGUGUCUAUUUCGCCACAGCUGUCCACAUAUCCCUGGAGGGGAGAAGGAGGAAGAUCCUCUGGAAAUCAGUUUCCUUGAAGAUUUAAGAAAUCACUCCCUGUCACCAUGAAGAAGCCCCCUAGGAUCCAUGACUCUGAGAUCCCGUGGCUCUGAGAUCCCCCUGCCGUCUCACAGAGCCAGCCAGAACCAUUGACUCCACUGGCAGCCCUGCCUGCUGAUUGUUCCCUCAAGCAUCCAGCAGAGGGCACUACUGCCCUCACCCUGUGAACCCCUCUUUGAGACGCAUGGACCCCACGGUGCCCCGGAUGGCAGAUUGCAUGCCCUGCUUCCCGCUGGCCGCUGCUCACGUGCGGACUUGGAUCUCCAGGGAUUUGGCACUGGUUUCCUGCUACUCUCCUGCUUGGCACUGACCUGGACCAGUUGGCAUCCUGGAUUCAGCAAUACGGAAGCAACCUGACAGCCAUACCCUGAACCAGUUGCUGACCAGGCACCAUGUCAGGAGACUACGACGAAGAGAGGCACCGCAGGGCGAUGGAGCUUCUACAGGUGCUGUGCUCCAACACAUGUGCUGCCCAGGAACGGGAGAAGUGUCAGGAACUGACGGGCCACGUGGGUCCCGUCAAUACAGAAAUCUUGGUCAGCCUCCUGUCGGUGAUCGUGACCUUCUGUGGGAUUGUCCUGCUGGGGGUCUCCCUCUUCGUCUCGUGGAAACUUUGCUGGAUCCCUUGGCGGGAUAAGGGCUCCUCUUCGCAAACCCAGCGCAAGGAGCACCCCCUCCAUGCUCACCUCCACCACUCGCCUUUUGGGGACCUCUUGGCCGAGCGGGUGGAGCUGGGGCCAGAGAUGCCCGAGAGGUCCUACCUCGAUAUGGAUUCCUACCCCGAGGCCAACCUCAAGGUCAGCCAGACCUCCCCCGACCUCCCUGUGGAAGGCCAGACGAACACCAAGGAGGGCGUGCCCAAUAUGCCCAAUGCCCAUUCCCACCAGCAGGUUGCAAGCUUGGCCCCCACACCCAGGUACAAUACACUGCCUCGCCCCUUGACCCAGCAGUUGAGCAGCCCGGAUACCGGAGUCCACGUAGGGGAGGAGAAAGUAGAACAAGUGACCAGCAUCGGGCAGAUCAAGCCGGAGUUGUACAAGCAGCGCUCUGGUGAAUCGGACUCCAAGAAAGGGGAGGCCGCCAGCUGCGGGCGGCUGAGUUUUGGCCUGCGCUACGCCUACGGCACGGAGCAGCUGGUGGUGCGGAUUCUCCGGGGUGUGGACCUGCCCGCCAAAGACGCCAACGGUUUCUCAGACCCCUACGUGAAAAUGUACCUGCUGCCUGACCGCAAGAAGAAAUUCCAGACUAAGGUGCACCGCAAGACCCUGAACCCCAUCUUCAACGAGACUUUUAACUUCAACGUCCCCUUUGCCGAACUGCCCUCGCGGAAGCUGCACUUCAGCGUCUACGAUUUCGACCGCUUCUCCCGUCACGACCUCAUUGGCCAAGUGGUGCUGGACAACCUGCUGGAACUUGCCGAGCGGGACAGUGACGCGCCCCUGUGGCGGGACAUCAUGGAAGCCAGUUCGGAAAAAGCAGAUCUGGGGGAACUGAACUUCUCCCUCUGUUACCUGCCCACCGCUGGGCGCCUCACCGUCACGAUCAUCAAGGCCACCAACCUGAAAGCCAUGGACCUGACCGGCUUCUCCGAUCCCUACGUUAAGGCAUCCCUCAUGUGUGAAGGGAGGAGGCUGAAGAAGCGCAAGACGUCCAUCAAGAAGAACACGCUCAACCCCACUUACAAUGAGGCCCUUGUCUUUGACAUCCCCCAGGACAGCAUGGAGCACGUCAGCAUCACGUUGGCGGUCAUGGAUUAUGAUUGCAUCGGGCACAAUGAAGUCAUCGGGAUGUGCCAAGUGGGCAGCAAUGCCGACGCGCCGGGAAGAGACCACUGGGCCGAGAUGCUGGCAAAUCCACGUAAACCCAUCGAACACUGGCAUCAGCUAGUGGAGGAGAAGACUUUGAACAUCUACAUCAACAAGAACCCUCCAGCACGGGACAAGCCGAGCAUCGUAGUUGAAAGUGUUCAUUCCGAUUAAGGCCAUUGUCUCCAGCCCUUCGUCACCAGGGACUGGAACGGUGAUGCGCGCUCAGCGUUUUCUGGACUGUUUGUUUCCUCCGACUCACCCCUCAGGACUGCUGGCAGGGGGGUUGUCGGAGGGUGGAAAAACAAGCCCUCUUUUCUCAAUCUCCAUCUCCUCCCCCUCCUUCGCCGCCGCUGCUGGUGGGAAGCUGCUGCCUGAUGCAUCUUUUUCAAAGCCAUAAAGGCAGCCAGUUGAGGUGUCUUGGAAUGCGGGGAGGGGAGGAUCGUGGCUCAGGGGGUGGGUCUAGAGCGGAAGGGACACCCCCUUCCCCCGCAAAACACACACACCGUCCUUAGUCCUUCUACAUGAAUUGGUUGUUCAGUUGUGUGUGUGUGGGGGGGUGACCUUUUCUGACAUGCAUGCUUUGGAGUCUGUUGUGAAAGACGGGUGGGAACGGCACUUAGGGGGUGUCCCCUUUUCUGGCAGAGGUCUCGGGACUUCGGCAGCCGCAGGGCAGGUCAGUUUAACCCAACAGAGGCUGUGUUUUGGACGUUCUGUCUGUCACGGAACUGUUAAAAGCUAGAGAGCUUCCACCUAGGUGAGAACUUUUGCCUCGACCAGCGUUUGGGCUUCUAGCUGCGAAUUUCGAACAGCGUGACUGUCCUGUAACAGCUACCGUGGGCCUCUGCUUUGAGGGGAGAUCCUGGACUCUCUCUUUCCUGUCUCAGUGCCCUUCUUGGGGGAUUGGGACUAUUCCUCCUGCUGCCAGAUCCGGCGGAGGAUCCUCUGUUUUGCGCCAGGAUGCAUGCAGGACCCUUUUGCCUCAGUCUGCAUGACCUUCCAAGCCGAGAGGAGGAAGGAGGAGACAGGGAACCAACCGCUCGACUUCCAUCGCUCACCACCGUGCCCAAAAGGGACAACCUUAGGCCUGCCGAAAGACAGCCCAGGGGCGGGGCGGGGCGGGCUGCUUUGGUGUUUACCCCAUGACUUGAGAAUCACCGUGGAAUUUCUUGCAACGAAUCCGGGAGGGAUCGCGGCCCGGAGGAGCCCACACGAACAAUGCCCCUUUCCUAGUUACAGGCGGAUUUAGGCCUCCCUCCAAUAUAGUGAGCUGACUCUGGACUCUUUUGUUUGUACGUGUGUGUGUGUGUGUGUGUGUUCAGUGUAUGGGGGUAACCGUCUGUUUCUUCUCUCUACCCCCCGCUCCCCUUUCUAAACCUAGAUUAUUUUGUUUCGUCUGUGGUCUGCAUGGUUCCCCUCCACCCGGUUUGGGUGGCAGGUGGUGGUUCCCAGCUAUCGGCGGGAAGAGCGCUUCUUCAGAGAACCCAGGUGUCCUAGUUCCGAUAAAAGUCCCACCUGUGUGUGUGUCUCUCUCCCCCAACUGACCCUCUCCCCCCCGCAGUUUCUUCUCAUUUGGAAUGUCCAUUUUGUUUACGUCCCCCUCCUGGCCAAACGCACGUCCGUUUGUCACUCUGUCUUUGUCUGUCCUGGUUUUUUGAGAUUUUGUCCUGUUGAUGGUUGGUUUGGUUGUUUUUUAAUUAAACGAAAAGGUGUGGGAAACGAAAACGAACAGGAAGAAAAAAAAAUUGCCCUGCUUCCUAAACCUCUGUCCCCCUUUUUUUGGAAAAGCCAUAUACCUCCCCUCACCGCUUGGGGGAGUUACAGCUCCCCAGCGUUCGGGGUGAGGAGGAGGGGGCCGGACAGGGUUCUCUCUUUGCAAUAGGUUUGGAACUUGAAGCCGCUGCUAAAAACAAAAGUGACAUCAAUAAAACUGGACAAAAACACAA